CACAAAAACCUUCCUGUUGCUCUGCUUUGGAGCUAGGUGCUACUCUUUUCUUUGCCCCUGCCCUUGCUUGUUUCUUCCUUGGCACUCGGGGUACUAUGGUACACCUCCGAGACAAGGUAUGGAUGAUCAGAGCAUGGGCUAGCACUGUUUGCACGCGGUGACCAUGGGGCGGACGAGCCAAAUCACGGGUUGUGGCCGCCCGCGUGCCCUGUAGCCGCCCUCUUCCUCCUCGUCUCGACGCCCAUCCUUAUCCUAGAGCUUCCCCGUGAGCUCCUGCAUUGUCCUGUGCCAGCCCCUCUCCUGUUUCGCUGUCAUCGAGCGCUGGCAGCCGUGCCCGUGAUGCUAGCCUCCCCUGUCCUCCAUUGGCGUCGAGCCCGAGAGCUCUCCCGUGUGUGCUAGAACCCUCCCCGUGGCUAUGUAAGCGCCCCCGAGUCCCCUCGCAGCUCUUCACCCCUCCCCCGCCUCUCUAGUCCACCGGAACGGCCUCACCUCGCCUCUGUUCGCCGCGUCCACCAUUGCCGCCUCGGCCUCGGCUCAAAUUCGAGCCAGCCGAGCCCCUCCUCCACCUCUAGCCACCAACAUCUUCUUCCCCACUCUCCGGAGCUCCUCUUCCACCCCUCACCCCUCGCUGGAGUAGUCAUGGACAUCAUCCCGCGUACGGCCACCGCUCGCCUUGUUCCUCUGUUGCCCGGAACCACCUCAUCCCUGCUCCUCCCCGACGUCCGUUUCCCCUCUGAAAGGACGCGACACGCCUCGCUGAUCCCGCUGGUGCCAUUCCCUCGCCUGGAGGUGGCCGGAGCCGCGAGCCCCAUCGCCGGUGCCCCUCCUAUGUACGCCAUCGCCGCCCUCGUCCCGUCCUCCCCCGACGCGCGUGGACCCCUGGUCAAGUGCGACAGCAUCUCCCGCACUCGCCGGUGGCUGGAUCUCGGCCGGAGACAACCGGAGCUAGCCAGGCCGCCCCCCCUCCCUGCUCCUCUGCUCUGGACGUCGGGAGAAAGAAGACGGGCGCGCGAGGAGGAAGAAAGGACCAGCCGGCCCCACCUGGACUUGUUUGUAGAAGAUUUUUCACAGAUUGGCCCCUAUACUUCCACACCUCGUAUCUUCGCGAUCGUAGCUCCGAUUGAGCCCCCUCCGGGAGAGAACUAUUUCUAGCGAAUCUUUCUGCGAUCCUUCCGCACUUCUCCCCGAGGGUUCCUUCAUCCCCAGUUUGCAGGUCAUGCCUUGUCUGCUUGCUUGUUUUGCCGAUAAUCUUGUGUCUGCGAGCUAGGAUAAAUGUUCCAGCCAGAGUCCCUACGGAGUGGAGUCCAUCGUCAUCAUCGUUGUUCCGCUGCUAGAAUCUAUCCCACUGCUAUGAGUUGUUCUGCUGCUUGCAUAGAGAAACCUUGGUAGGUGUAGUGUCGUCGUGUCGAUGUAGUCCCCUUGUACCCCUAUCGAUUGUAAUAAGAGGUGAUUUGUUCUAUGCCAAGCAGUGUCGUAUUCCAGAGACAUA